AUGGCUUAUUCUCAGCUGGGAUACUCCUACUCCACCACGCCACAGUUUCUGAUGACUUCAGGCUCCCUGGCCGGUUGCUUGGAGCCGGGAACCCCCCCGUCCCACCCGGUGCUGCGCUCACCGGGCCACCAGCUCACCCCAGGAGCAGGCAUCGGAGUCUACAGCGGCCCUUAUCCAAAGAGCCAGAGCUAUUACAACACCUGCGCUACGGACGCCACUCUCUAUUCCAGAGGGCCACUAGAUCACAAAGAAGGAGCUGCAUCUGUGCAUGUGGGGACAUCUCAGACUCCUGCCUAUUAUCCUUAUGAAUACACAUUUGGACAAUAUCCUUAUGACAGAUAUGGUUAUUCCUGCUCAGAUGGCGCUUCGCGUCGUAAAAAUGCCACCCGAGAGACCACCAGCACCCUGAAGGCUUGGCUGCAGGAGCACCAGAAGAACCCCUACCCCACUAAGGGGGAGAAAAUAAUGCUUGCCAUCAUCACCAGAAUGACGCUUACGCAAGUGUCUACGUGGUUUGCAAAUGCACGGAGGAGAUUGAAAAAGGAGAACAAGGUGACGUGGUCACCACGGGCUUGUAAAAGCUCAGAUGACCGAGGCUGUGAAGACGACAGUGAUGAAGUUGAGAAGCCACUUAAAAGUGACAAGGAGCUUCCUGAGCAACAGUGCGCAGACCUACAGAGUGAUCUUGAGGACUUCGACCUGCUGGAGUCCGAUGCUUCUGACUGUGAUCCGAAGCCACAGUUUCUACCUGAGGACAAUGAAGCGAACCCAAACACAGAGCUGCCCCACGUGCAUCUCGCACACAACCCAGAUACACUGCACAGAAAAGAGAGACUGUCCCCUGACUGCCCCAAACUCACACCGGUCCAACACCAAAGCAGCUCCUUCUAUCUUAAUGCAGACCUUCGAAGCACAGACGCCAAACCCAAAAUCUGGUCCAUCGCUCACACUGCUGUGUCUUUGGAUGCCAGCUUGCAGUCCGAGUACCCGCCGUGUAUGCUGUCAUCAACCGGUACUUCCUCGUCACCCGGGUAUCCGACCAACAUGGCACUCACCAAGACAGAAAGGCAACAGGAAUCUCCGGUCGCCACACUCAGAGAAUGGGUGGAUGGCGUUUUCCACGGCCCUCCUUUCCAACAGCCCAAGCCGGCUGAGGUAUGGAAAGGCCUAAACGAAGCUACGAUAGAGAGCAGAACACCCGGACAGUCCUUUGAAAUUGGGCGGUCUGCUUCAGCUUUGUAGUCCAUCGACAAGCCAUCGUUGGGAGAGACUGACUUAAACUCGACUUAAAGUGAAAGUCGAUAUUUUGACUGUGUGACUUGAUCAGCUGACCGUUCACUAAAAGCCACGCCCGUUUGCCUGUUGAGGUUUCCGUUUUGUUUUAAGGCAGGACCGCCAGUUCUAGUUCAACAAUUGUUUUUGCGGGCUUGAAGACAGUGGGUAAAGAUUUCAUGCUUAGAGUAAAAUGUCAGCAUCUUUACCAGCUCACAAUCCAGACUGAGCCAUGCUAACAAGCUUAAGUGAAAGCAGUGUCAUGCCCCGUUGCACUGUUUUUCCUCGUAUAGGAAAUGGUUUAAAAAAGACACCACACUCUUUAUAUGCAGAGAAUUCCUUUUACUAAAGACCCAUGAACACUGCUUCAGGAAAUCCGGCAGCCCGGCAGACGCGCUCUGCAUAGUCACAGUUGCUAAGCUAUGAUUGGAAAAUUGUUUUUUCUAUUGAAGGACUUUAGUGAACGGUCAGUUAUCGGUGUAUGAUCCUAAUGUGGCAAUUUGAUAUCCCCAAUGCUCUCUUACAAGUUACAAACUGUUGCAAACUCCAUCAAUGAUCAACUGUCACUGCACACUUCCCUGCUCCAAGGCUGUAUGAUGCACACACAUGAAAAAAUACAGUGUUGUACACUUGCACUAUAGCCUGCACAUGCACUGAGUCACAGAAAUAAAAGGCGUGUUCCUUAGCAUGGCAAA